AAUACUAUCCGCGCAAACACACCGUGAUUCUUACUCAGGGAAAAAAAGAGAACGAAAACAACAUGUCUUCUCGAUCUGCAUUACCGUCUGGAAACGACAGGAGUACUGGAGACCAUCAUGUGUCGCUGGGGGCCAGCCGCUCUGACAAGGCCACAAGCCAGUCCAGCCGCUCGCUGGGUGCCCGGUGCAGGAACUCCAUCGCCUCCUGCUCCGACGAGCAGCCACACAUUGGCAACUACCGUUUGCUCAAGACCAUUGGAAAGGGAAACUUUGCUAAGGUCAAGCUAGCCCGCCACAUCCUGACGGGCAAGGAGGUUGCAAUAAAAAUCAUUGACAAAACUCAGUUGAACCCAACCAGCCUACAAAAGCUUUUUCGGGAGGUGCGAAUAAUGAAGGGCUUAAAUCACCCUAACAUAGUGCAGCUGUUCGAGGUGAUUGAGACUGAUAAGACCCUUUACCUAAUCAUGGAGUACGCCAGUGGAGGUGAAGUGUUUGACUACCUCGUGUCUCAUGGCAGAAUGAAGGAGGUUGAAGCCAGAGCCAAAUUUCGUCAGAUUGUUUCCGCUGUCCACUACUGCCACACGAAGAACAUUGUCCACAGAGAUUUGAAGGCAGAGAACCUUCUGCUGGACGCCGACGCCAACAUCAAGAUCGCCGACUUCGGCUUCAGCAACGAGUUCACGCUGGGUAACAAGCUGGACACGUUCUGUGGCUCCCCGCCCUACGCUGCCCCUGAGCUUUUCCAGGGCAAGAAAUAUGACGGGCCUGAGGUGGAUGUCUGGAGUCUCGGAGUGAUCCUCUACACACUAGUCAGCGGCUCUCUGCCCUUUGAUGGGCAGAACCUAAAGGAGCUGAGGGAACGCGUGCUGAGGGGGAAAUACCGUGUCCCCUUCUAUAUGUCCACAGACUGUGAGGGGAUCCUUCGCCGAUUCCUGGUGCUCAACCCCGCCAAACGCUGCACCCUAGAGCAAGUCAUGAAGGACAAGUGGAUAAAUACAGGGUACGAGGGGGACGAUCUGAAGCCCCAUAUAGAACCUGUUGAAGACUACAGUGAUCCAGCCCGCAUUGAGGUGAUGGUGGGAAUGGGUUUCACUCCAGAGGAAAUCAAGGACUCUCUGCUCAAUCAGAAGUACAAUGAGGUCACCGCCACCUACUUGCUGCUGGGCCGCAAAGGCGAUGAGGGCACAGCUAGUAGCCUGUCCCUGAGGGUACGACCCAGCCCCAUCACCAACGGGACCAACAAGCACUCCUCAGCCACUGGCUCCUCUUCCUCCUCCACCUCCUCCUCACAUAGCAAGACCCAGCGCAGUGCCUCCACCUACCACAGGCAGCGACGACACAGUGACUUCUGCGGGCCCUCCAUGCCCGUCAUGCACCCCAAACGGAGCCCGACCAGCACAGGUGACCGGGAGCUGCGGGAGGGACGAAUGCCUUCACGUAAGGCUAGUUGCAGUGUGAUGGGGAGCCACAGCCUCCCUCCCUCCAGCCCAAUGGUCAGCAGCGCCAACAACCCCAACAAGUCUGAGAUCCCAGACCGCCGCAAAGACAUGACUGCCACCACGAAUAACAUCCCUGGAAGCGCCAUGACACGCAGGAAUACAUAUGUGUGCACAGACCGCUCGGGCGCUGAGAGACAUUCUCUUCUGCAGAACGGCAAAGACAACAGCUCCCUGGGCCACCGCAUGCCUGCAGCCUCUCCAUCCACACUCAGCAUCGCUGGGGCUGGAGCUGCCUCCGCCUCUUCCUCUUCGGACAGAUGCCGCCUGACCCGUGGCUCAACAAUCCGCAGCACCUUUCACGGGGGACAGCUGAGAGACCGUGGGCCCCCGGUGUAUUCAGCACCACCCACUUCACCCACCUUGUCCCACCAUGACGCCAGCCCUCUGCCACACGCCCGCACUAGGGCUACCUCCAACCUCUUCACCAAGCUGACCUCGAAACUCACUCGCAGGGUCAACCUUGACCCAUCCAAGCGCCAGGGCUCAAACAAAUCAGUCUCGGGUUGUACUCUGCCACAAGGAUCAAAAACAGUUAGGUCACAAAUGAAUCUGAGGGAAUCAGGAGAUUUGCGGUCACAAGUUGCCAUCUACCUGGGUAUCAAAAAGCGUCCGAGCCCCGGGCCAUCGGACGUGGCUGGGAUCUGAGAGGUGGUGGGCGGCGGGACCCUGCGGAGGUGGUACUGGCUCUGCGGGAGGCGGCGCUUGGAUGUGGCUGCCAGGUCCACCAUGCCGGCCCCUUUCUGCUC